AUUUCCUGUUCAAGUUCCUGGUGAUCGGCAGCGCCCGGCUUAGGAACAAGUCCACCUGCUGCACCACUUCAUCGAGCAAGUUCAAGCAGGAUUCCAACCACACCAUCGGCGUGGAGUUCGGCUCCAAGGUCGUCAGCGUGGGCGGCAAAAGCGUCAAACUGCAGAUCUGGGACACGGCCGGCCAGGAGCGCUUCAGGUCGGUCACUCGCAGUUAUUACCGCGGGGCCGCGGGGGCGCUGCUCGUCUAUGACAUCACCAGCCGUGAGACGUCCAACCCACUGACCCAUUGGCUUGGCUGGGGACGGCGGACCUUGGCCAGCCCCAACAUCGUCAUCAUCCUCUGCGGCAACAAAGAAGGACCUGAGGGGAGGGAGGUCACCUUCCUGGAGGCCUCACGGUUCGCCCAGGAGAACGAGCUGAUGUUCCUGGAGGCAGCUGGUGAAUAAGGAGGAAAUUUUGGGGAGUUUUGGGGAAUUUUGGCGUUCCUCAAGUGCGCCAGGAGCAUCCUCAACAAGAUCGACUCUGGGGAGCUGGAUCCUGAGCGGAUGGGAUCGGGGAUCCAGUACGGGGAUUCGUGGCUCCGGCAGCUCCGGCAGCCCCGGGGGGCUCCGGCCCCCACCCGGCAGAGCUGCGGCUGCUGA